CUUCUUACACAUUACAUUUCAGCAUAGCUGUUUAGCGUUAGAUUUUCAGCAUGAAGCAUUCCCACUAGCAAUUUCUUCAGGAAUUGCAUUCUCUAGUUGACUCUGCUUUUGAUUUGUUACAAGAGGCUAACGUUUUCACCAAACUAUACCUACGUAAUGCUUACCAUUUGGUACGAAUAAGGGAGGGGGACGAGUGGAUUCAACACUCCUACAGGGCAUUAUGAGUACCUUGUAAUGCCCUUCGGACUCACUAAUGCCCCAGCUGUUUUUCAGGCGCUGGUGAAUGACAUACUCAUUUCUGUGUUUGUUUAUUUGGAUGACAUCCUGAUUUUUUCUCCAGAUGGGCAGUCACACACUCAGCAUGUACAUCAGGUGUUACAACGCCUACUGGAGAAUCAGCUUUACGUGAAGGCAGAAAAGUGUGAGUUUCAUGCAUCUGCAGUCUUGUUCCUGGGGUUCAUCAUCUCUCCAGGACAAAUCCUGAUGGACCCGGCGAAGGUCAGUGUGGUUGCAGAUUGGGUUACUCCCAAUAGCAGGAAGAAGGUACAGCAAUUUCUGGGUUUUGCACAUUUCUACAGACACUUUGUAAGAAAUGUUAGCUCCAUUGCUGCACCAUUACAUGCACUGACUUCGCCGGGCGUCCCCUUUGUGUGGGGUUCCAAGGCCGAGGAGGCUUUUAAAAAACUCAAAGCGAUGUUUUCCACAGCCCCCAUACUAACUGUUCCUGAUUAUUUUAGACAGUUCUUUGUGGAGGUGGACGCCUCAAAUGAUGGGUUGGGGCAGGGCCAAUCCUCCCUACAGGCCAAUCACGCAGGCUGUAUGGGGCCCUCAGCAUCUGUGUGCAGUUCCCCCCCCCCCCCGCUGACGCGCUAACGACACACAAGGGGAAAAUGGAAGUGAGUCUGCAACUGCGCGCACCACACCCGCUGACGCGCGAGAGUGACUGGGGAGCCUGUCUGCAACCCGACACUGUUGCAAUGAAUCAACAUCAUCACCCGUUUGAUACGGCCACUAUUGCAGAUGAAGAGAUGUCGCCGAAAAGACAGUAUGAUUCCGGCGCAAGCAAGAGGAAACAAAAAACGGAACAUGAAGCGACUCACUAGAGCAUCACUCGAAGCGUACAGACAGUCCGGGUUUACUGAUGCUCAGUCAACUGCCAAGGAAAUCUGUGAGAUCCUCAACAUAGAGCCAGAACUCAAGGUGAAGAGGCUGAGGAGUACAAAAAGGCAGUUUGGGUAUGAAACUGCAGAUGAGCCCUUCAGUGAUGCUCUGAAGAAGCUUGAGGUGACAUUUUUUAACACUGUUGUUGACUCUGCUCUCAAAUCACUGCAAGAGAGAUUUGAGACACUUAGUCAGGUCAAGGAGAAAUUUGGAGUGCUGCUUAAUUUCAGCCAGCUUCAAGGAAUGCCCAGGGGUGACUUGCAGAAACACUGCAGCAAGGUAGAGAAGACACUUACUGCAGCAGGAGAGUCUGAUAUUGAUGGUGCAGAGAUGAUCCAGGAGAUCAUCAACCUCCCAAAGCUGCCACUACCAAAAACUGCUCUGGAGAUGUUGUCAUUUCUUGAUGAAAAAGAGUUACAGGAACUGUACCCAAAUCUUUGGAUUGCCCUCCGCAUUGCAGUAACUCUUCCUGUUACAGUUGAGUCUGCUGAGAGAAGCUUUUCAAAACUCAAGCUUAUGAAGACAUACCUCCGGUCGUCAAUGGCACAAGAACGCUUAGGUGGCCUGGCUAUCAUAAGCAUCAACGCACAGUUGGCACAGCAGCUUUCAUACGAUGACCUUGUUGAUGACUUUGCAUCCAGGAAAUGCAGAAGUGUUCACUUGUAAACGCAUACUGAAAGACAUACAUGCACAUUGACCUGACUGUAUAAAUA